GACUGUGCACCAGUUAUGGCGGACGUCACCCGGGAUCCACCGUGCUCUGUCAGGAAGUUUCCACCUUGUUGGCGCUGUUUUGCCUUCUUGCUUCUCGUUCUACUGCAACUGCCAUUUCUCCAUCGACAUUCCUUUGACUUCGAUUAAUUUAUACACUUAUACAAGGGACAAGCUUCUCAAUAUCGAACCUCAGGAGCUCAAAUUUCUCUUUGAGCUGAGGAAAAAAGCAUCAUGUACAAUUCGGUUGAAUAAUUACUCCAGAAAUCCUGUUGCUUUUAAGGUUAUGACCACAAAUCCGCAGAAGUACUCUGCUCGACCCAAUAUUGGAAUUGUUUUGCCCAGAUCAAGUUGUGAUGUUACAGUAACUAUGGGCGCUCCAAAGGAGAUCCCUCCUAACAUGGAAUGUAAGGACAAGUUUGUGAUUAAGAGUGUUGUUACGAGUCCUGGUGCCACUGUAGAAGCCACUCGGCGACUGUUCAAUGAAAGAGGGCUUUUGGUUGAAGAAUGCAAAUUGAGAGUGCUCUACAUUUCUCCAUUGAUCAGGCAAUCAUCAAAUUUUGAGAGAUCUGAAGCAGAUUCUUUACGAAAUGCAACUUGGCAAAGAGGAAACUCAAAUGAUUAUGAGGUAAUACAGCGGCAUGACAGAAAAGGUUUUCAAUUUGGUGAUUUGUUCAUGAAAGGCAUCACUGUAGUCUUAGUUGGCUCGAUCCUUUGCUACCUGAUGCUGCCACUCAUAUGGAGUUUGAUCUUUAUGAUCAUCAUGUUGGUAGUAAAGAUGAUAAAUAAGCUGGUCUCAGAGUCGGUUGAAGAUUGGAUAGUGAAGACUCUUCUAUACGUCUGUAUUCAUUUCUUUACAACCCUUUUCCGGCGCAAGGAGAGAGUACCUGAAAGUGAAUCUUGACUUUAAAUGUUGGAUUAUUGGAUUGGCAAUGAAGAUCAGGUUAAAUAUGUUGAUGUGCGAUGCAACCUAGUUUUCUGUAAUAAUAUGUCAUGUUUCAGGGAACUGCAAAUGGAAUUUAGUGAGGUUUUCUGAAUGUGUUAAAUGCUUCUCAUUCUGGCGAUGUUUCCGUGUUUCUUAUGCAGUAUGCACUUUAGGGUGAGAAGGCACAUAGCAAUUGUGAAACGGUUACAAUUCAAGUUGUUGCAUAUUUCUUCAUUUGCACUAGCAUUUUCUUAAAAUAUGACCUUUUGCUGACAAUUAUGCAAUGAUCCGGCCUCAGUUUCACUGCUGCAAUGAUAGCAUGACUCGUUUGGGUGAUAAUCUUGAGUUCCAGCUUGCUUCUCUUAAUUAAUUCUGUUAUGCAAAAUUUUUCUCCAUUUAACGCUCCAUUUUUGUUAUGUAGAUUCUUAAACCACAUUUCUGUGUAGAAGUGACUUUGCACUAAGGAUGGAGGUAAAAGAAACAAUCAAGUGGAUCCUCUAAUGGUUUUUAAGCCGUUGGAUAUGUGUAUAUCAUAAUUCUAUGCAAUUAAGCACUAAUGUCACCAUAAAUAACUUAAAAGUUCACUGCUAAUGAAGCCUAGCUCAGUUCGAACCCCG